GGUCACAACGACGUUCAUUUACAAAUCGUCAAAGUGCGUAAUAAAAUAGCAGGUCGAAGUUUUGGUUAACAGCGUGUGGGAUUUGUUUUCAAAUAAAUUGAAAUUCAAGAUUUUAAGAUAUUUUCACGUCAUGCAGAAGCUGAAAGGAUACGUUUUACGUCUAAUGGCGUUCCUGUUACCUCUGGUUUUGUUAUCAACCGCAGGAAACGUCAGGAAUGAGGAACGACCGGGGAACGAUACCCGUGGUGAUAGUGCAGCAUCGGAGUUUCGUACCCACAUGCUACGAGCCAUCAGCACGUUCUCAAUCUCCCGGCAAUGUAAUAUUCUUGCCGCGAUACUGAAAGACUCUGGAGAAAACCCGCCCAGAGUGAUGAAAGCAUUUAUGGAAACAGUACCGUAUCAAUAUCUGCCUUGCAUAGGAAUGAAGUCGCCUUCGGAGAGCCCCUCCGUAAACACAUCGGGAUUGCGUUUAGCUACGGAUAAGAACGUCGCAAGAUUAUUCAACAAUUUCCCAUUUGUGUUUCAAUGCAAAAUCUUAACUGACGUCACCAUCGCGUCUCGCGGGAACGUCGCGAAACAAGAGAUGCUCUCCGCUCUGACGCAGACAAUGUCGGAACUAAGCACGAAUCUAAACGUGGAUGACUCGUUGAAGAAGUGCGUCGACGCCAUUUUCCGCGGGCUUGUCACGAACACGCGUGUGCAACUCGGCGUCAGGCUGCGAAAUUCAAUGCCUUUGGAAGCAUGGUUGGAAAGAUUUCGACAAAUCUUACCGAAAAUAUAUCUUACCUAUAUUUCCACAUCUGGAAAGAUAUCGGAUUUUGUCAGCGGCUGGACGAAGGAUGAAGACGGCACGAAAAUUCCCAUAAUUCCAAAUGACCAAUUUUUGGUCAAGAUUAAACAAGAAGCCCACGAACCAGUGAUUCACGCGGGCGUUGCCAUGGUCACAUUCUCGCUCUACACUCGGGAGAUAUCGGGAGACUAUCGGUUAAUAAACGGCGACGAAAUCGUAGCGGCGUUUGAAGGGAUAAGUCGGUCGGUUUUGAAUAGCUACAUUCAGGGUGACGUAGUUGGGUGGAGAGCCCACGGUGAACGGGACAGCGUCGGAUUCGAACGCAUGCGUAGAGUAUUCAAACCAAACAGCCUAGAGUCGUUUCGACUACAGGAGUCGUUGCCUAAAUACCUCUUGAAGUUUUUCAAAUCAAUGACUGCCGACGGACGUUGUUACGUAUUGCAACAUAUCAGCUCGUAUGUUGAACGAGACUUGUCAGUUGUGGAGAAACGCUAUCACACCCUGGGGUUACUGCCCAGAAAAUACUUCUGUUCGCGGGCCAUGAAUAUCUCCCCAAAACCAAAGCGCAAACACCGGAAGCCUUUAGCUCAAAUGUGGAAACGUUUGGACAAGUUCAUACGAGCUAUCCCAACACCUCUACCCACUUUUAGCACAACAAUAUUACAUGCUCACAAUUCCACUGUUAUACGUGAGACAAGACCCUUCAACUCUAUGGAGAUUGUCAUGUUUGCGCUUUUGGGCUUUCUCUGCCUCUUGAUUAUGGUAUUCGUCGCAAACUGCGUCGUUUUCACGUUCAAAACAAAACAACUGAACUCACAAUACGGUAAGAGCUUUCAAGCACCACAAGUCGUGUUUGGUAAUACGGACGGGGAACAAUAUCUUGAACAUAAAAGUGCGGAACUUCCCCACGAAAAGUUAUCCCUGACUGACAAUCCGCAGGCCAGGGUGUCGGAGGGAUCAGCAGGGGAUCGCAGGUGGCGGUUGAUGAGUGCGACCAGCGAGGGGGGUGUGACUGUGUGUGACGUCAUCAGUGAUGACGAUGAACCAGAAAGAGUCAGCACAGUUUGAUUGGAGGAUUCUAUGAACAAAUGCUUGUUGCUACUGCAACCGAUUGAGGUGAUAUGUAUCUCGUACAGAUUGAGAGAAGAAAGAGGGCGGAUAACUCAUGACACGACUCAAAUUCUCUAAUUCGACGUUUUUAGAAGGUGGAGCUAGAAACACAGAAACAUUGCUUUCUAAAUAUAAUAUCUCAGAGUCUAUGUACUUCAGAGACGGGUCUACACAGUUUAUGAAAAUAGAAAAUCGAGAGACCAUCAUUCACCUCAGUCAUUAUCAAAAGGGUAUAGAACAGUCUUAAUUAUUAUUAUAUUUAAUGAUGUUUUUUAGCAAAUUUCUUGCAAAAAUAUU